UUCCGGUGGUGUCACAUUAAUUUCUGUCCCCAAAAUGGCGAACGUAGCUGCUGCUGCUGCUGCCGCCGCCGCCGCCGCUGCUGCAAACAGAGACCCUGCCGUUGAUCGUUCAUUACGAUCCGUGUUCGUGGGAAAUAUUCCAUAUGAAGCCACAGAAGAACAACUAAAAGACAUCUUUUCUGAAGUCGGACUUGUUGUCAGCUUCAGGUUAGUGUAUGACAGAGAGACAGGAAAGCCAAAGGGAUAUGGCUUCUGUGAAUAUCAGGACCAGGAGACGGCCCUCAGUGCUAUGCGGAACCUGAACGGCAGAGAGUUCAGUGGUCGGGCUCUCCGUGUUGACAACGCAGCCAGUGAGAAAAACAAGGAGGAGCUAAAAAGUUUGGGAACUGGAGCUCCCAUUAUUGAAUCUCCAUAUGGAGACAGCGUUCAGCCACAGGAGGCACCAGAGUCCAUCAGUAGAGCAGUGGCCAGUCUGCCACCUGAGCAGAUGUUUGAAUUAAUGAAACAAAUGAAGCUGUGUGUACAGAACAGUCCCCAGGAGGCCAGGAACAUGCUCCUGCAGAACCCUCAGCUGGCCUAUGCUCUGCUGCAGGCCCAAGUGGUCAUGAGGAUUGUGGACCCUGAGAUAGCCUUGAAAAUGCUCCAUCGUCAAACUACAGUCCAGCCUCUGAUUCCUGCUGGGCAGGGUGGAGGAGCACCACCUGCCAAUCCACCUGCUGCGCAGCCCAACGUGCCUGUGUCUCAGUCGCAGCCCGGGCCUGGAAUGCAUGUCAACGGAGCCCCUCAAAUGAUGCAGCCCCCCAACAUGGGUGUUGUCCCAGGACCAGGACCAAUGCCUGUACCAGGACCUGGACCAGGGCCAGUGCAAGGACCAGGACCUGUGGGACCCCCAGGACCUGGAGGUAUCCCACCCAGAGGCCUGCUGGGAGACGGUCCUAAUGAUCCCAGAGGAGGAUCUCUGCUGUCAGUCACUGGAGAGGUCAUGGACCCCAACCGUGCCUACAUGGGAGCUCCUCCACCCCACCAAGCCCCGCCUGUACACAUGGCCCCAAUGGCAGGCGGACCCCCUCCGGAUAUGAGAGGACCUCAAAUGGACCUAAGAGGCCCACCCAUGGGUGAGCCUCGGAACAUGAUGGGAGACCCUCGAGGGCCCCCGAUGAUGGAGCCACGUGGACCCCCUAUGGAGAACCGAGGACGUGACCCCAGAGCAAUGGACACUCGUGGUCCAGUGACAGGACAGAGAGUUCCCAUGGCAGCAGGAAUGCAAGGCCCUGGUCCUCAUGGCAUGGCGCCCAACGCUCCUCCACCUGCGAGACCGGGUAUUUCGGGGGUUCCUUCAUCAGGAGGAGGCUUCAGUCCAGGACAAAGUCAGGUCUCCACACAGGACCAGGAGAAGGCGGCCCUGAUCAUGCAGGUCCUACAGCUGACCCCAGAACAGAUUGCCAUGCUGCCCCCUGAGCAGCGCCAGAGCAUCCUCAUCCUCAAAGAGCAGAUUCAGAAAACUGCAGGCGGGGGACCUUGAUGGUCUGACGGAGGAAAACUUCAGGAAAGAAGGCUCCACCCAUCACCUCCACCUUGAACUGGUCUGAAGACGUCUCUUUAGUUCGACUUAUGUAUAGUUUUUUUUUAAUCUGAUGUUUACUGUCUGAGAGCGAUGCAUUUGUGGCUUCAACAUUUAGCAAAGCGUCUGAAUGGAUGAUGGAAGUUCACCACAGGACUGUCACAAGUUUUCAUUCUUUCCCUCUAAAGUCGACUGUUUUCUUUCUUCUUUUUCAUCAUUUUGGCCAGAAACUGUCUUGAUAUUGUUUUGUCAAUAAAACAAACCAGAAAGA